AUGUAUUACUACUUAGCAGUAAUUAUUGCAUUUGCUAGCUACUUUCUGUAUAAAUGUUAUAUUUAUCCUUUAUAUUUGUCGCCAUUAAGUAAAAUUCCUGGCCCACCUGGUGAAAGUUUAAUUCUUGGACAUUAUGCCUCUUUCUUAAAGAAAGAUCAUGCUGAAGUCUUUUCUCACUUAGCAAAACAAUAUGGUGGUAUAGUUAGAUUUAAUGCCUUAUUGAAUAAAUCCAACCUCUUAAUUACCGAUCCAAAACUUGUACAAAUGAUGAUGGUGAGCCGUGCAUAUGACUUUCCAAGGUAUCAUGCUAGCAAAACUUUAGUCAAGGAUUUUAUUGGUGAUGGCAUUAUACUUGCUGAAGGUGAUUCUCAUAAACGACAAAGAAAAAUGAUGUCUCCCUCAUUUGCUUUUGCCAAUGUCAAAGAAAUGGUUCCAACAUUCGUUCAAGCUGGCCAUAAUUUAAAGGAUAUCUGGAUCAAAGAAAUUGGUAAUAAUAAAGAGAAAAGAAUUACAAUUACAUCAAUAAUUUCAAAGAUAACUUUGGAUGUUAUUGGUGAUGUUGGGUUCAAUCAUAAAUUCAAUUCUACAACUACCGAGUCUGAAUUGGCUAAAGCAUACAAAUGCUUAAAUAAUCGUAAUCUUACGCCUUUAUACAUGGCUCUUAUCAGCCUAUUUCCGUUUAUCAGAAAACUUCCAAUAUAUGAUCACAAUGAAUAUCUUGAUUCUCUUAAAAUCAUUACUAAUGUUUCUGAGAAACUAAUUACUGAUAAAAAAACUAGUUCCGUCCGAGGAACGGAUUUAUUGUCGUUAUUGACAAAUGCAAAUGAUAACUUACCCGUUGACGAACAAUUAACUCAUUAUGAAUUAGUUAGUCAGGUUAUGACAUUACUCAUUGCUGGACAUGAGACUACUAGUACUACAUUAUCCUGGGCACUAUACUUUCUCGCAAAAAAUCCUGAUAUUCAAGAUCAUCUUCGCAAAGAAAUACUUGAUAUAUUUCCCGAUCGUGAUUAUCAUCCAACUUUUGAUCAAAUUGAACAAUUGAAAUAUUCAGAAUGCAUCUUGAAAGAAAUUUUAAGAAUCGUUCCACCUGUCCCUUUACUCAUUCGUACUAAUGUCAAAGAUGAAAUGUUUAAUGGCUACUUUAUUCCAAAAGAAACUCCAUUGACAAUUCCCGUUUACGCAAUUCAGCAUGAUCCCUCAAUUUGGGGUGAUGAUGCUGAACAUUUUAACCCAUUUCGGUGGCUUAAUCCUGAAAUAAAAUCUAAAAUAGCCAAUUGUAAUUUCAUGCCUUUUGGUGCCGGUCCAAGAAGUUGUUUGGGAAUGAAAAUGGCACAUUUAGAAUUUAAAGCUAUUUUAGCCGUGAUUAUUAGAAAUUUUGAGUUUAAAUUAGUUGAAGGUUUUACUUUUAAAAGGACAUUUAUUGGUUUAAUGAAACCUAGCCCUGGAAUUGAUUUGAUGGUUUCAAAAAUAGAUUAUUAA